UUCCAGGCCACGUGUUUAUUAUUGUUCAUUUAAUUAAAAUAAUUAAUAAGUUUAAGAGUUAAACAUUAUAUCUGCUAUAAAAGAAGAUUUAUUUACUGACGGGAGAGGUUACUAGGAUAAACGAAAAACCAGUCUACAGUGAACGGAAAUGAGUUUCGGAAACAAAGAUUCGACACCCAAUGGGAGAAAAUUCUGGAACAGACUAAAAAAGUUCUCAAGCUUGUUCAAGAGACACUCUACCAAUGGCAGAAAUGACAGGACUUCCAACCCUAUUUCGAAUUCCGAUAAACGUUCGACCAAGGUGAGCUUCUUGAUGAACUUCUUUAGCUCCAGAGGCAAUAAGGCAAUGUUCCGAAUCCAUCCACCAAAAAAAUUGAUUAUUGAAGAAAUCAUUGAAGAAAUUGAAAUGAAAAAUCUUCAGAGUUCUCUUCCCAAAACUGAGGAACUGGAUCCAUGUUUAGAUGUGGUAGCAUAUUUGGAUAAACAAAUAUCUGUCGAUAAAAAUACAGUUUCAGAAAACACAACAUUAAUUGAAUUUCUUCCCUCAACCUCUUUUCAAAAGUUGAAUCCUUUAAUGUCUCCUGUAACCCAAAAAAAGUUGAUUGCUCACGCAAAGAUUGAAAAACUGAAAAACAGCAUUCAGAGGGGCUGGGAAAUUAAUAGACACUUGGACGAGGCUCAAGCCAAUUUUGUCAGAAAAAAACCUGGAAAGAAGAAGGUGCGAUUAGCAAACCCUCUAGUAUCAGAAAUUUCCGAUGACGAAGAGGAUUCAGGGUUAGAAAUCAGUCUGAGUGAACGCAUUCAAAUUUUCAUGGACGAAGUCGAGAACCUGGAGCGGAAAGACAAAUCCAAUGGAAAUGUUGAACAUCUUCUUCGGGAGAAAAAAGAAAAUUUGAUAAUGGAUGUGGAAACCAGUGAAGAUGGAAAACAUCUCUAGGAUCAAAUCACUUUUGCAGAAGAAAUUGAAAUAGCUUCUUCAGAAAAUGAACUACUCACUAACAUGAUGAAGUGGCAGGUAUGUCGCUGCAAUGGAAUGUCAAUGAAUGGUUUUAAGCAAGUGCGGAAAUUAUCCACUCCUAUGGAAUGUUAAUUUCUUAUCAUUGAUUUGAAUAGCCUUUCCAAAACAGUUUCAUUUUUAUCAAAUUUAUAUUUUACCGCCAUGACAAGCUUUAUUAGCAAUACGAAUUUUAAAGUUAGAUUUUUCGUACUUGUUUAGGGUUUUUUUAAGAUUCCGUUUCUUUGGUGCUGCCAAAGUCUCUUCAUAAAAAAAGACAAUAAUUUUCUAGCGAUUUAGUGGAUUUUUAUCUUUUUUCAUUGAUUAGUGUUUACUAUAAGGAUCUUUGGGGACAGAUAAUUAUACUGACCCUCAGUAAUAAAUUUAUUUAAGAAUAUCGAUUUAGGUUUUUGGCUUUAGGAUCAAAACAUUUGAAGACACGUAUUUAUCCGAUUUGAGAAAAAGAUUUUUUUAACAAAGUUA